CAACAACAAUCAGAUGUGACACACCAGAUGAGACGAGAGGGAAUAAAAACUAAAGGUCUGGAAAAGGGGAAAAAUGUCUGGACAAGGACAAGAAACAGUGGUGUUGGAAAGUUGCCACUCAUCAAUUUCUGACAAAAGACUCACAGAGAUAAGAAUCGUAUUGAUUGGGGGCAGGGAGUUAUUUGGAAUUGAAGCAAGUGGGAAAAGUUCAACAGGAAACAUAAUUCUGGGAAGAAAUGCUUUUGACGUUGAAAGAAGAACUGCACGGUCUGUUCAAGCUGAAGGAGAAAUACAUGGAAGACAUGUUACUGUGGUUGAUACUCCAGGCUGGUGGUGGCAUUACUCUGUGGAAGACACUCCAAUGUUUGAUAGACUGGAAAUCAUGAGAUGUCCAACACAGUGUCCUCCUGGACCUCACGUCUUCCUUCUGGUCAUUCCUGUAGAUUCUGCUUUUCCAAAAAUCUAUAGACUGGCAUUGCAGAAACAGCUUAUGUUUUUGUCAGAAAAGCUCUGGGGAUACACUAUAGUGUUGUUUACCUCUAUUGUUCCAUAUGAUGAUACAACUUUUAAAGAAUGUCUAAGAAAAUGGCCAGACUUCCUAUGGAUUCUAAGAAAGUGUCAGAAAAGAUUUCAUGUUCUUAAUAUUAACAACAGGGAUGACAGCACUCAGGUAUUUACACUGCUGGAAAAAAUUGAGAAAAUGGUAGCCCAAAACAAUGGACAUUAUUUUGAAAGUGUCUCUGUGGGAGACAAGAGAGAGAUAAUAAGAGAUGAAAGAGUGAAACCAAGAAUUCUUGCUGUGAGAAGACAAAAGUCUGAACCAAAAGACUGCACAAGAGAUAAGGAGCAACAUCUAACUGAUAUACGCAUUGUGAUACUUGGAGCAUCAUGGGCUGCGAGGAGCUCUGUAGGCAAUGUUAUUCUCGGUGAAGAAGUUUUUGAAGUUGACGAUUCAAGAACAACAGUCCGUUGUGCAGUCAGUCAUGCUGAUGUACAUGGAAAGCUGUUGACAGUGGUCGACACUCCAGGCUGGUACUGUCACAGUCCACUUGAAAAAACACCAGAAAUGGACAAACUGGAGAUUAGACGCAGUGUGUAUCUAUGUCCACCUGGUCCACAUGCCAUUUUGUUAACUGUUCCCAUUGCCAUAGCAUUUAACAAAUUGUAUCAAACUGCUGUGGAGGAACAUAUGGGUCUUUUGGGGGAAAAGAUCUGGAGCCAUACAAUCGUGCUGUUCACAAGAGGAGAUUGGCUUGGGGAAACAAGCAUGGAGGAACGAAUUGAAAUAGAAGGAGAGCAUCUUCAGUGGCUGAUGGAACAAUGUGGAAACAGAUACCAUGUUAUCAACUGUAAGAAUCCCACUGACAGCACUCAAGUCAAAGAACUCCUUGAGAAAAUUGAGGAAAUGGUGAUGGAGAAUAACCGAAGUCAUUAUCUACCAGAAAAGGAGAGAGAUCCAUCUAUUGAGCUUGAACUGAAUCUGAAAACUGCCAAAAUAAACAUGAAGAAAGUAAGCAAGAAAAGAGAUAUCCUUAAAGAGUUACUUAAGGAUGAGAAAAUUUCGGAUGUGAGAAUCGUGCUUCUUGGAGGAGUAGGGGCUGGAAAGAAUAUGUUAGGGAACAUCAUUCUGCAAGGACAUUGUUUUGAGGAUAUGACAGAAGAGGAGUGUAAAAAAUAUACAAUAACAAGGCAAUGUGUGAUGCACCAGAGGACAGUGGAUAGAUGGCAGGUCUCUGUGGUUGACACACCAAACUGCUCCAAAUUAACAGUGAAAAAUGCUAAAGAAAUUUUGCGCAGUGUGACAGUUUGCUCACCAGGUCCACAUGCAUUCCUGCUUGUGUUGCCUGUGCGAAAGUCUUUUACAAAGAGAGCUCAACAAACAGUGGAGGAUGUUAUGAAGCUUUUGGGGGAAAGUGUCUGGCAACAUACUCUGAUUUUAUUCACUUAUGGACACUGGCUAAAGGACAGAUCGGUUGAAGAGUACAUUGCGUGUGAAGGAGAAGCCUUGCAAGAGUUGGUAAGAAAGUGUGGAAACAGAUAUCAUGUCCUUGUUAACAACUGGGGUAAUAGAUCUCAAGUCAUAAAACUGCUUAAGAUGAUUGAAGUGAUGGUGGCAAGAAACAGAGGUAAAUACUUCACUCUAGAAAACAAAGAAAGAAAGCCACUUAGUGAGUCAAAGACUCUGACUGAAGAGGAGUGGAAUAAACGUGAGGAUGAACUCAUAGAGAGGAUGUUGGAGGCAGCGGUGGUGGAUCUGGAUCCAGAAGAAUUAAAGCAGUCACGAAAGCAAAGCAUUACCAAUACAAUCCCUAGUUUCGGUGGAGAUGCAAUGUCUGAUUGCAACAGUUUAUUUAAAGCUGACUUACCACAUCCUGACUUCAAAGUAUCUCAAUGGCUCUGGCAUUCAAAAUAUCAUGCUGCAUCAUCUGGAUAUGACUCCAUAAGCAUAACAAGCCUUAAAGUUCCAAAGAUGGAAGGUGACAAAGAUGUAUCCCAAAGCCCAGAAACCAAACCAAAUCAAACUAGUGACCAGUGAUGGACAACAGUUUCUCUACAAGUAGCGAAGCUAUUAGCUUACCUACAUUUCUCCAAAGCAAUGUGGUACCUUUGCUAGUUCAAGUAUAUCUUCAGUAGUGAAUCAUUUCUAUUGAGUAGUGUAAGGUGGUGCCACAUGAGAAAAUCAACAUAAGAAGUAUUUUACAAAGUUAGAAUCUCUAUCUCAAGCAUCACACCUUACUGAAUAUAAAUUUCUUCAUUUUUGUUCAUCUACAUCUAUUCCUUACCCCCUCUCCUCCACUCCAUUCUCUUUAGACUAAAUA